UCGGGCACCACAAAUGAGAGCAGCAUCACCGGCGCCUGCUGCUCGGGCACCCGUCCCAGCAGCGGCACCGGCUUUUGCUGUGGCGGCUCCUGCACCGAAGCAGCCUGGUCUGAUGGCGCAGAUGGCUACAACUGCUGCCGGCGUUGCCGUGGGCUCUGCUGUGGGCCAUACCAUAGGUCAUGCGCUUACCGGAGGAUUUGGUGGAGGAAGCGGCUCUGAAGCUGCAAGGCCUGACAUUACUUACCAGGAGCCCCAGGCAGCUCAGCCUGCCUACCAGCAGCAGCAGCAGUUUGCUCCUUGCCAGUAUGAAAUGAAACAAUUCCUGGAGUGUGCGCAGAACCAGACUGAUCUCAAGCUGUGCGAGGGCUUCAGUGAAGUACUGAAGCAGUGCAGGUUUGCUAAUGGUUUAGCCUAAGCCUUCAGAACAAGGCUGCUGAAGAUCACCUUACAAGAUCUGACCUAUGAAUGAAAAAAAGCUUCAGUAAUAAAGUCUAAAGCUGUCUGAUAUCUUGUUAGUUCAUAUAUUCACACGAUUGUCCUCCUCGUGGCUUGAUUCCUGCCAUAGCCGCUACAGAUGUGAUGCAACUUACCGCAGCAAAUUAAUUUAGCACAAAAUGGAAGAAUGAACAACAAA